AUGGAUAGCUUUCCUAGCUUUCCUGGAUCUAGCCCCAGCGACUGCUGGGUCCUUUACGAGGAUGAGGACGACCGGGAAUUGUCCGAACAAGAUGUAGAAGUCCUUGAAGUCUCGCGUCGCCUCUGGGAACUCCGCCAAACCAGGGGCCAGAGUCUACCGCGCCCAGCCGUCAUCAAUGUCGACGAUGAGGACGAUAUCAUAGAGCUCGAGUGCCUCGUGGAGAAUGAGAUCUUCGACCUGACUCAAGACGACGAAGUGGGUGGUCUUGACGCCAGUCCCGCGGUGCGGAGAAACCAGGAGAUCAGCGCCGUGGGCCACCGCCUCAGCCGCGUCACUUGGAACGGCAUGAGCUUGAAGGAGGGCGUGGUCGUCCAAAUUAAUUUCCAGCCCAGCCACCCCCUACGCUAUCGCUACCUCAAGAUUAAGUGCAUCUACCAGCCAAAGGACUCACAGCCCGGGCAAACCAUCGUUCGCGGGGUCCCGUACAUCAAAAGUCGGCACAUGGGCGGUCUCCUUAAGUGGCGCCGGCGAGAAGUUGCUGCGGUGUAUGAUGUGGACCGCGACGACCCUCGGGACCCAGAUGUUCAGGCUUUGAUCGAAGUCCCUGUUUCAGAAGUGACAGCCACCAGGCGCCUGAUUACGACAAACGCCCCAUACCCAGACCACAGCGAAAGCGGCGUGCUCGUUUGCAGGUGGACCUACUUCCGGCACUGGCCAUCGGGCAAGUUCCGGGAGGCCGCGAGGACGAGCAUGCACCUCGAUUACGAAGCGUGCAUGGCCAGCAUUCCCCAAGGGACGCAGACGAACCCUACAGAGUACCCAGAGAUGAGUUAA